CCAUAUUUCAUUCACAUUUCAUGAAUACUUGUACACAUAUUUUAAAUACUAGGAAAAACCUACAGAAAAUACAGCACUAAAUCCUGGCUUUAGUUGCAUAAGAAAAUGUUCUCUAAAGUAUGUUUUCGCAAUUUAGGAGACGACCAGGGAGAGAAGGGUGUGGAAGAGAAAAUACUUGACUUGCAGCAAUUGGCUCAAGAAAUAAGCGUUAUGCAUGAUGAGUUGGAUCAAAUUCAGGAUAGAUUACAUAUCAGUGUACCCCGUUGUCCGGAAAUCCUACCAGUAACCUGUGCGAAUGAGCAAUGGGUUCAGUUAUACGGUUCCAAGCAGCCAGAUAUAAAAAAACUUCAAUUACAGACUAAGCAUCUGGAAUAUCAACUGAAUGAAUUAAGAAAGUGUAGCCAAAUAUCGAGGUUUCGGAUUGAGCGCCUGGAGAACCGGCAUUAUGGCCAGAAAAAAUCAUUGUUUGAUUUACAGAAUACGUACAAUUGGAUUCGAUCCAAAUAUUUGCAAAUGGAACAAAAUCAUGGCAAAUGCCUUCAACGUUAUCGUCAUAAUCGUACCAUAUUCGCCACCUGGACAGAGGUGCAUCAGGCGGCUGAUGAACUAAAGUCGAUAUAUAAGAAAUUUCUAGAUCAAAUGUACGACAAACCCACUUAUUGUAUACAAAAGAAGUUUAUAUUAAGGGAGAUCAAUUUGUUAAAUUCACGAUGUGUCGGGGCCAUUCAAGUCACUCUGAUGAAUGGUAAGGAACUUGAGCAACGCUGGCGCAUUCCCCGCGAUCGCUGCCAUCAAGCACACAAACAAAUACUAAAGGAUAAUGACACCAAAAGUUGCAAACAGCCAGCGAAGAGAGAUUUUUCAAAAAACUCUCGCGAUGUCAGGAUUAAUCUUAUUUCGGAAGUUCCUUUCGACUGGGAUCGAGAGAACAGGAUUGAAAAACUCAAGCAUGGAUCUGUCGCUGAAAUGGAAGUCGUGAAGCCGCUAGCUCCAAGCAGCUAUGAACCAUUGCUAUUCGCAACCAAUCUGGAACCAUCACCGUUGUUUCUUGAACGCAAUAAGUGAAAAGAUUUCCCAUCAACAAGGCAUAUGAAUAAGAAAGUCAGCCAAGUCCUCUUUGUAAUUUUCCAGUGACUCUAUUAAGAAUAAAUACAUAUACAUCAUCUUUUAGUGCGAAAA